AUGAGGCUCAAUAUUUUCAAAUUUUAUAUACAUAUUAUCUUUUUAAUUUUCAUAACCACCACAAUCUCAAGCCCUAUCGAGCUAAUUGCCAUCACGGAUUCAAAAAUUUCUACCGAGCAAACUAACUCCAUCGAGCAAACCAAUCCCGCCAAUGAUGCUUCAUCAAAUUCAUUCACCUCAGGUUCUUUUACAGGCACUACCGAGUCAACUAUUAUGCCUGAAUCUGUAACUUCUGGCGAGCAAGUUACUUUAAUUGUUUCUACUGAGCAAUUUACUGUGUCAACUACUACCGAACCAGCUGAUGCCACUGUGUCAAUCGAUGCCGAACAAACUAUAACCGAGACAACUGCUACCAUUGAGCAAACUAUAAACGAGUUGACUGGUACCACCAUGGCAACUUAUAUCACUGAGCAACCUAUAAUCGAAACAACCGGUACCACAGUGUCAAUCGAUACCGAACAAACUAUAAUCGAGACAACGGCUAUCCUUGUGUUAAUCGAUAUCGAGCAAACUACAACCGAGCCAACUACUGUCACUGUGACAGCUGAUACCGAGCCAAUUACUGUCACUGUGACAGCUGAUAUCGAGUCAACUACUGUCACUGUGACAGUUGAUACCGAGCCAACUACUGUCACUGUUACAGCUGAUACCGAAAUUUUCUCACAAGUUUAUUUACCAGCACUUCCGAGUCAACUAUCAUCGCUACCCCUUACUCAACAAUGUCUGCUGAACAAACUACAACAGGUUCUUAUUAGCACUUCUGAGCCAAUUAUAAUUAUAGGGUCAACUACUACCUCUGACUCAACGACUUCUACCGAACAAACUACAUCAGAUUCUUCCCCAAGUCCAUUUACUAGCACUUAUUAUUUAACUACUAUCUCUGACUUAACAGCUUCUUUUGAACAAACUACAUCAGAUUCUUUUCCGAGUUUAUUUACCAGCACUUUCGAGUUAACUGCUACAACCUCCUCCGACUCAACAACUUUUGCUGAACAAAUUACAUCAGAUUUUUUCGCAACCAUCACUAAUCUAACUUCAUUCACUUUGGAUGUAUUUACAAGCACUACUGAGUUAUCUAUUGUUAGCAAGUUAACAACUUUAACUGAGCCGACUACUAGAGUUAACGGCUUCUACUUCUGUUUAACUGCUUCUACUGAGCAAACUAUUGGCACUACCGAGUCAACAAUUGCAACCAUAAAAGCCAAGAAAAGUACUGAGUUACCUAUUACCAUCAUAUAUACUAUAGAUACAGCUAGCUUGCCUACAACUACUCUCCCCAAAGGGAAGUCAAGUCCAUCCACUACAAUAAUUACUAUCAAACUUCCAAAAAUCAAGUCGAGUUCAUCCGUCAUAACUUCUUCGAGUUCGUCAACCAUAAAUACAUCUGACAUUAAAAAUAAUAAAAGCAAAGGAUUAACUGCUAUCAGCGUAUCUGCAACUACUUCCCCUACAGAUACAUCAACUCCAUCCACUACAAUCACGUCGAGUCUAUUCGUCACAGCAAUAUUACAAAAACGUCUACCGUUAAGACUAAACAAAUCACCGAAUCGACCACCAUCAUCAUACUAA